UAUAAGGCCACUGCGGUAGAGGGAGUUGCACCAGGCGUAGCUGCAGCUCACUGAGGCUCCGUCGCACCGACUCAGCGUGAGAUUUCAGCCCCGUCACAUAUUACACCAUGCGCGAGUGUAUCUCUGUCCAUGUCGGUCAAGCUGGCGUGCAGAUGGGCAAUACUUGCUGGGAACUGUAUUGCCUAGAACAUGGAAUUCAGCCAGAUGGACAGAUGCCAAGUGAUAAGACCAUUGGUGGUGGAGACGACUCCUUUACUACCUUCUUCUGUGAAACUGGUGCUGGGAAGCAUGUCCCCCGGGCUGUCUUUGUGGACCUGGAGCCCACUGUGAUUGAUGAGAUUCGUAGUGGCACUUAUCGUCAGCUCUUCCAUCCAGAGCAACUAAUCACUGGAAAGGAAGAUGCUGCCAACAACUAUGCCCGUGGACAUUACACCAUUGGCAAGGAGAUCAUUGACUUGGUGUUGGAUAGGAUUCGCAAACUGGCUGACCAAUGUACAGGACUCCAAGGAUUUUUGGUCUUUCACAGCUUUGGAGGAGGAACUGGCUCAGGAUUUACUUCCUUGUUGAUGGAACGUCUCUCUGUUGAUUAUGGCAAGAAAUCCAAAUUAGAAUUUGCUAUUUACCCAGCUCCACAGGUCUCCACAGCUGUGGUGGAGCCCUACAAUUCGAUCCUCACCACACAUACCACCCUUGAGCACUCAGACUGUGCUUUCAUGGUGGACAACGAAGCCAUCUAUGAUAUCUGCCGAAGGAAUCUGGACAUUGAGCGGCCAACUUACACAAACCUCAACCGCCUUAUCAGCCAGAUUGUGUCCUCCAUCACUGCCUCGCUGCGCUUUGAUGGGGCUCUGAAUGUAGACCUGACAGAGUUCCAGACCAAUCUAGUGCCCUACCCUCGUAUCCAUUUCCCUCUGGCUACCUAUGCUCCGGUCAUCUCUGCGGAGAAGGCUUACCACGAGCAGCUUUCUGUGGCUGAGAUCACCAAUUCUUGCUUUGAGCCUGCUAACCAGAUGGUGAAGUGUGAUCCCCGCCAUGGCAAGUACAUGGCCUGCUGCCUUUUGUAUCGAGGCGAUGUGGUACCUAAGGAUGUCAAUGCUGCCAUUGCUGCCAUUAAGACCAAGCGCAGCAUCCAGUUUGUAGACUGGUGUCCUACAGGCUUUAAAGUGGGCAUCAACUACCAGCCUCCCACUGCGGUUCCCGGGGGAGACCUAGCCAAGGUUCAGCGGGCAGUGUGCAUGCUGAGCAACACCACGGCCAUUGCUGAGGCCUGGGCCCGCCUGGACCACAAGUUUGAUCUAAUGUAUGCCAAGAGGGCCUUUGUGCACUGGUAUGUCGGGGAAGGGAUGGAAGAAGGGGAAUUCUCUGAGGCUCGGGAAGACAUGGCUGCCCUGGAGAAGGAUUAUGAGGAGGUGGGCAUUGAUUCAUAUGAAGAUGAAGAGGAGGGAGAAGAAUAGCUAUAAAUGCUCUACUUUGUCUGGACCUCCCUGUUCAUUAAAAUAUGCUUGAUUUGAAUCUAAACUACAGUGAUGUGUUUGUCCCAGAAUUAAUUCACAUGAAGCAAUUCUAUCUAACGCAAUUUUUGCUCAGCUGCCUAGCAGUUCUGGCUGCCUUACUUGACAAAGAAAAUAGUUACAUUUGUAAACUGAACAGCACAUCUUUUUUUUU